UUGACAGUCAAUCUGACACUUCGUACCACGAGAGUUUUUCCACUCGACCCGCGAACAUCUGAUCGCAGUACGGAGCGAUUUUUCCUGGAAUGUCAUCGAAUUUUAAAUACAUUUUUCACUCGGACAACUGAAUGGAAACGGCAAAUUGUCGUCGGGGACUCGAUGCUUCAGUUCGCAUUUGCAAUUGUUACUGUCUGGCUGGUUUUCAAGUUUACUGGUUACGCCAUGAUGAAGGGUGAGACGAAGAGCGCGCCCGAAAAGGGUUCAACCGGGACAAACUCAAACAACUCCAGCAAGCAGAAAACGGGAUCUCCACAGAAGUCAAGUAGCGGAAACGCUAUCUCGAUUUUAUGUCGACGCAUGGCGGGUUCGAACUGGGAUAACGCUCCCGAAGCCAACAAAAAACCAACCGCCACCGACCAAGACGAGAAACCACAAAACAAAAGGAAAAAGGACAAACCGAAGAGAUCGGCGAAAUGGACCAAGUUUGUAGCGAUGGAUUGCGAAAUGGUCGGCAUCGGACCGAACGGUCAGGACGAUAUGCUGGCGCGGGUGUCCAUAGUCAACCAAAACGGCGAAGUGCUCAUGGAUAAGUACGUCCAAGCGCAAGAGGAGGUGGUCGACUACCGGACAAAAGUGAGCGGCAUUCGUCCUCAUAACAUGGAGAACGGCGAGGAGUUCGAGAAGGUGCAACAGGAGGUGAAGCAGAUGCUGCGCGACAAAGUGCUUGUCGGCCACUCGGUGAAGAACGACCUGGCCGUCCUGCGAAUCAAGCAUCCGUACCAACACAUCCGGGACACAGCUAAGUACCGGCCGCUCGCUAAGCUUGUGUCGAACGGAGCCACUCCGAGCCUGAAGCGGUUGGCCAAGGCGAUACUGGGAAUGGACAUUCAAGGCGGCGAGCACAGUUCCGUGGAGGACGCGCGCGCCUGCAUGCAGGUCUAUGUACGUUUUAGUGCAGAAUGGGAGCGGUACCUGCAGAAACUCAUCCACCACCGAACGCACCAUGGCCGGCGUAGGAGCUAGUUGUUCAUGAUCAUUGAAUUUUUCUUUCUUCACUUCACUCUCUACUGUUUUAGCUUACGAUAUUGAUGUUACGAGAUAUUAUGAGGAUUAUCUUUUGUAAUAAAAAUAGAUUUUUAUUGAUCUUA